AUGGGACACCAAGCAGAGGAGACGAACAUUUUGCUGAAGGCCUGGCCUGUGUGUAGACCCUGAUGCUUGAAUGAAUGAAUGAAUGAAGAAUGAAAAUGCUCCCUGGAGUGGGUGUGUUUGGAACUGGUAGUGCUGCCCGGGUCCUGGUACCCUUGCUGAGGGCAGAAGGCUUCUCCAUUGAGGCUCUCUGGGGGAAGACUGAAGAGGAAGCCAAGCAGCUGGCAGAGGAAAUGAAUAUCUCCUUCUACACGAGUCGGACGGACGAUGUCUUGUUGCAUCAGGAUGUGGAUUUGGUUUGCAUCAGCAUCCCUCCACCACUAACUCGGCAAAUUGCUGUGAAGGCUCUAGGAAUAGGGAAGAACGUGCUGUGUGAGAAAGCUGCUACCUCUGUGGAUGCCUUCAGGAUGGUCACAGCUGCCAGGUAUUACCCCAAGCUGAUGAGCAUCGUUGGCAACGUUCUGCGUUUCCUGCCCGCCUUUGUGAAGAUGAAGCAGUUGAUAGAGGAGCGUUACGUGGGCAACGUCAUCAUCUGCGACGUGCGCGUCUACGGGGGCAGCCUGCUCAGCCACAAGUACAACUGGAUCUGUGACGAGCUCAUGGGAGGGGGUGGGCUGCACACCAUGGGCACCUACAUCAUCGACCUCCUGACUCACCUCACCAGCAGGAGAGCUGAGAAGGUCCACGGUCUGCUCAAGACUUUUGUGAAGCAGAACACGGCCAUCAGCGGGAUCCGCCACGUCACCAGCGAUGACUUCUGCGUUUUCCAGAUGCUCAUGAGCGACGGCGUCUGUUGCACUGUGACUCUCAACUUCAACAUGCCCGGAUCGUUCAUCCAUGAGGUCAUGAUUGUGGGGUCUGCCGGUCGCCUCAUAGCUCGUGGGACAGACUUGUUCGGGCAGAAGAACACUGCUGUCCAGGAAGAAGUACUGUUUACAGACUCUCUGCCUGUCAACAAGGGCCUUUUGGAUAAGGGGUUCAAGGACAUCCCGCUGCUUUACCUGAAAGGAAUGGUGUACAUGGUGCAAGCCCUGCGGCAGUCUUUCCAAGACCAGGAAGACCGUCGGACAUGGGAUCAUAAACCUGUGUCCAUGGCAGCCUCUUUUGAAGAUGGUCUGUACAUGCAGAGUGUGGUAGAGGCCAUCAAGAAAUCGAGUAGGUCAGGUGAGUGGGAGACUGUGGAGGUGAUGACUGAGGAACCAGAUGCCAACCAAAACCUCUGUGAGGCACUUCAAAGAAAUAACUUAUGAACAUUCCUACCUUGGAAAAUAGGACAAUUAACACUUCUGGCUGUAAUGUAAAAACAAAAAAAAAAACAAAAAAACAAACCAACCCAGUUUUUAAGAUAUGUAGAUUCUUAUUUAAUAGCGUGAGUUUCUUGGUUUUUUUAAACAUAUAAAAUAUGUUCUUAUAGGAACAGUUCUGGUUUAAAUUCUUUAAAGAGUUUUAAAUGUUUCUGUUUUUUGCAAACAUUUAAUUUUUGUCUUGGAGACUGGUAGGAAAACUUGAAUUGCCCUUUGCACUUGCAGUAGCUGAAGUGAAUUGUGGGAUCUCUGCCGUUAGCAUGGCUUGGAAAUGGGACACAGCCCCUGUUGCACAGGUUGCUGAUUUAACCGUGAGAGCACGUGGAGCAAGAUCAGGGAGUAUCUGUUGUUCAGAUGCCUUUUUCUUCUCUCUUGGAGACAGAUCUGUGUUUUAAUCCUCAGUUUGUAAAGUUUCAGAAAAGAGUUUAGUAAUGUAACAGGUCUCUAAACUCCUAUAGGACAAAAAGUAGAAGGAAUGGAUUAAAGUUAGUAACAUAAGGAUCAGCCUUUUGGCUUCCUGUAUGUGGUAAAUGUCUUUCAAAUUAAUUCAAACUGGUGUUUUAUUUAAAUGAUACUAGAAUUCUCUGUUGUUGAUGUUUGGCAGGAAAAUCUUCAGGAAGUCUGUGAUGCAUUGAGCUAUUCUUCCAUAUCUGUAGGCAUUAUUCCUUCUACUCAAGAGGCUGUCUGCAUCCAGCAGCUGUUUUUCCAUAAGCUCUGUGCUUAUGUCAGUUGUGUUUACUGUCUGGAAGCACCAGUGCUGUGCCUGUGGGGCCACGUUCUCAUUUCUGUGACUGUUAAUAAAUAAAUGCCUCCCAGGGUCACAGGAUUGCCACAGUGUCGUGGGUAACAAAGUUGUACAGCAUGAACCUUUCAGGGACC